UCUUUCUCUCUCUCUUCCUCCCCCCCUUUAGCGGGUAAAUAUAUAAUUCCAUGCGGUGUUGUUCUUUGCAUCAGUCUCACUUAUUUCUUUAAAUUUUUGAAAUCGCUCUCACCUCGGUUGAUUAGAAACUUCUCAUCAUGCUCACAAUCACCUCUUUAGAACAAUUUAAUGAACUUUUGGCAGAAAACAAGGACAAGCUUAUAAUAAUUGAUUUCUUUGCACAGUGGUGUGGGCCUUGCAAGAUGAUUGCUCCCAAACUUUUGGCAAUGGAAAAAGACCAUGAUACAGUCCUGUUUUGCAAAGUGGAUGUUGACGAAGCACCUGAUGUAGCAGAAGAUCAGUGUAUCUCUGCCAUGCCAACAUUUAGAUUCUACAAAGGAGGUGAUAAAGUUGAUGAGGUAAUAGGGGCAUCUGAAGAGAAAAUUAAAGCAACAUUAGAAAAGCAUAAAUAAAUUCAAAUGAACUUGGAUAAAUAUUUCAUCUUUUAUAAUGAUUAAAUAAUGUUAUGUCACAAUUUAAAAA